AAAGAGUUUACAAAAUUAUUAUUUUUUAUUUUACCCCACAAUUUUUCAUACUUGAGAAAAUAAAGUUCACCAGCAACACACCCAAUAUAAAUUUUACACCAAACGCCGCCUUAUAAAACUUCCACUGGUGGCGCCAAAACCCAAAAUAUUCAUUGCCGCCGUUCGUCGCCGCGCGCCAAAAUCCAAAUGUUUUCGGCACUUCCAAUUCCCGCUACCAAUCUUCCAUCAAAUAAUCCACAAUGACUUCCCAUCAGAUUUCAUAUUUCCCUUCUCCGACACCAAUUUUGGAGGUAAUCGACCGGAGAGAGCGAUUUCAGAGAUCCGCCGCCGGGAAUGGACAUGUCGGAGAUUGCCCGGAAACUCGGCCUUUCAGAAUCCAAAAACCUCAUCCGCAAGGCCGCCGAACUCCGCCGCCGCGCCGACCUCCAAUUUGACUCUUCGAUUAUCGGCGUUGGGGAGAUUUGUAAGGCUGUGAUUUGCCUAGAGAUUGCCGCUUCCAGCAUGGAUGUUAUAUUCGAUCGACAAGUAGCGAUAAAGUUGAGCGGGAUGUCUGAGAAAGGUUACAACAGAUCCUUCAAUUCGAUGCAGAACGGAAUUGGUAUCAAGAACAAAAUCGAUGUGAGGGAAUUGGCAAUUCAAUUCGGAUGCAUUCGGCUCAUCCCUUUUGUCCACAAGGGCUUGUCAUCGUUUAAGGAGCGAUUCACGGCUUCAUUGCCUUCUUCGCGUAGGGGAAGCGCCGAUUUCACUCGGCCUGUUUUCACUGCUGCAGCGUUCUAUCUAUGCGCCAAAAAACAAAAGCUCAAGGCAGAUAAAUUCAAGCUAAUCGAACUUGCCGGCACAUCAGAGUCAGAGUUUUCUAGUGUAUGCACUUCAAUGCUAGACCUCUGCUUCGAUGCUUUUGGUGUAUCCAAGGAAAAAAAGGAUUCGCGCCAAAUAAAAGGAAAUCGCGAGCUUCUCGAUGCUUUGCCUGAGAAAAGAAAGCUCGAAGAUGGUGGCUAUUCUUCUGAUGACGGCGAGGAGCCGUCUGCAUACAAGAAGCGAAAAGUGAUGGAGAAGCACGAAUAUGGCAAGUGGAAAUCCUCGGUCGAGAAGAUGAAUAAACGGAGCAAGAUAUCCGAUCGGCUCGACGGGAUGAAGAAGAAACAAACAACUCUGGAUUUUCUCAAGAGGCUUCCUGAAACUACAACAGAGGCUUCAUGAAAGAAAGAAAGAAAGAAGAAUUGGGUCCAAACACCAUAUUCAUUUAUAUUGAGAUCAAGAAAACAGGUAAAGUCUUAUAUUUCUAAUCUAAUGCCAUUUUUAUUGAACUCCUGCAGAAAUAGAAAUAGAAAUAGAAAUGU